AUGGCCGCCGCCGCUGCCGCCGCCAAGUUCCUCUUAGCUCUUCUCUCGGCGUCAGUGUUCUUUCCUUUGAUUUCCGGCCAGAGUCCGUCAGGUUUUAUCAGUUUAGACUGUGGAACUUCGCCGAACACUCGGUAUAUAGAGCCGAUUAGUAGCAUAAACUACGAGUCGGACGCGGCAUUCAUAAGCACCGGAACAAUCCACAACAUAUCGUCGGUGUACGUAGGCAGCACGCGGUAUGAACAGCUACGGAGCUUAAGAAGCUUUCCGGAGGGGGCGAGGAAUUGCUACAGAGUGAGAGUGAAAUCGGGGGCGAAGUAUUUGAUUCGGGCAAGCUUUCUGUACGGGGACUACGACGGGCAGGGAAAGGUUCCUGAGUUCGAUCUCUACUUUGGACCAAACUUUUGGAGUUCUGUGAAAUUAGAAGGCAUGAACACGUCGGCGCAUUAUGAGAUUAUACACGUGGUAUCGCGGGAUUGGGUGGAGGUUUGUUUGGUUGAUACGGGGACUGGAACGCCGUUCAUCUCGGCGUUGGAGUUGAGGCCUUUGGUAAACUCCAUUUAUGAAACGAGAUCGGAAUCGCUUGCCACUUUUCUCCGCCUUGACGCCGGCUCUGCGGCAAACCUUUCUUACAGGUACAAAGACGAUGUUUAUGAUCGAAUAUGGUACGCCAUGGUUCCACUCGCAGCAUGGACUAAGCUAACCACAACCGAGACCAUAGACACCAACGACCCCGCCUCCUUCUUACCUCCUCAGCCGGUGAUGACCUCCGCCGCGACGCCCAAAAACGCCACCGCUCCAAUGGAAUUCAACUGGAUUCCGCCGGAUGAUACCACCAAGUUCUACGUCUACAUGUAUUUCACCGAGAUUCAGAAGCUUCAACCCAACGAGUCCAGAGUGUUCAACAUAUUGCUGAAUGGGAACCCCUGGACCGAUGGGCAACUUUCCUUACCUUACUUACAAGGACUCGUCUACUACAGUACCAAACCCAUCACAGGCGGGAUUUACGAUUUCGCCCUCGUUAGAACCCCUAAUUCCACUCAUCCCCCUCUCCUCAACGCCAUUGAGAUUUACAGGGUCAUCGAUUUCCCUCAAUCUCCCACCGAACAGCAAGAUGUUGAGGGCAUUUUGGAUAUCAAGGCGUUUUAUGGUGUUGGAAGAAACUGGCAAGGGGAUCCUUGUGCGCCUACAGAGCUUAUUUGGCGAGGUUUGAAUUGUAGCUUUGUGGAUUCCCAGCCUCCCAGAAUCACAUCCUUGGACUUAUCCUCCAGUGGACUCACAGGGGAAAUAUCAGAAAUUAUAGCAAGUCUUAAAACGCUGGAGACUUUGGAUCUAUCAAAUAAUAGCUUGAAUGGAAGCGUGCCUGAUUUUCUCACUCAAUUGCCAUCAUUGAGGGUCCUAAAUUUAGAAAGAAACAACCUUUCUGGAGUUAUUCCUUCCCAACUCCUUCAAAGCUCCAAUGAUGGUUCUUUAUCCUUUAGCUAUGGCGAAAAUCCAAACCUGUUCAUCAGCACAUCUCCAAGUGAAAAGAAGGGGAAAAGCAACCCAGUUGUAGCUGUAGUAGCAUCAGUUGGUGGGUUUGUUCUUCUUUUGUUCUUAAUUUCAGGUGCCAUUUUCUGGAUCAAGACUAAACAGAGAAAGCAAGGUGCUGUGUUGGGAGAAGCAAAACAAUGGGGCACAACAAAAAGAUCAUAUUCUUAUGAGGAUAUCUUGAGAAUUACAAACAAUUUUGAACGAACGCUUGGAGUAGGUGGCUUUGGAAAAGUCUACUAUGGCAAAAUCGAUGCCACUGAAGUAGCUGUUAAGAUGCUUUCGCCUCAAUCAGUUCAAGGGUAUGAUCAGUUUGAAGCAGAGGUUGACCUUCUCCUAAGGGUUCAUCAUAGAAACUUGACUGGACUUGUUGGAUAUUGUGAUGAAUCAACCAAGAAAGGACUCAUCUAUGAAUACAUGGGAAAAGGGAACUUGGGAUCUCUUAUUUCAAGUAGGAAAUCAAUGGUUUUGAAGUGGGAAGAUAGACUUCGUAUAGCGCUGGAUUCAGCACAAGGAUUGGAGUACCUUCACUAUGGUAUCAAACCAGCAAUGAUUCAUCGAGAUGUAAAAUCUUCAAACAUAUUAUUGGACAACGAUUUUCGGGCAAAAGUGUCGGAUUUUGGACUGACAAGAGCUUUCGUAACAGAAAAUGGUGUCUCUCAUGUCACAGCCACAAAUGUGGUCGGAACUUUUGGUUACAUUGAUCCAGAAUACUACACUACGUCCCAAUUAAACGAGAAAAGUGACGUUUUUGGAUUUGGAGUGGUUAUUCUAGAGAUCAUUACGGGAAAACCAGCUUUGAUAAGAGGCGAAGGAGGUGAAGGCAAUGUAGUUCAUAUCUAUAAUUGGGUCAAUAUGCUGCUUUCUCGAGGGGAUAUUCGAUCCAUUAUCGACCCAAAAAUGAAAGAUUUCAACAUAAACUCUGCUUGGAAAGCUGUAGAUGUGGCAAUGUCUUGUGUAUCUACCAAAUCUAAAGACAGGCCAAGUAUGAGCCAAGUUGUGGUCGAUUUGAAGGAAUGUUUGGCCAUGGAAUCAGCUCGCAAUAAGCCCCCUCGUCAAGCUGAGACAGGUGUUGCAGAAUCAAGUACUCUGUUUGGUCCCUCAGCUAGGUAGAUGUCAUUUUUAGUUCAACAAGUGGAGUGGUCAAAUUCAACCUUUUAAUCGAGAACAUAUGCAUUAAUGGGUAGCAACGUAAAUGAUGUGUUAGCUUGGAGAUUUUCUCACACAUCAUCUAUUAGACUAUUUUGUUUUAAUCUCUAUGGUAAAUAUUUGCCAAGAAAAAUUGCAGGAUGUGCCAAUGUAAUUCUCUGUUUUUGUCA